UGUGGUUGUGUGCGGGAUCCGCACUGACUCGAUCCUAUUAUGUAUACAAAUCGUCUGCCAAGUGCCAUAUAGGCACUGUAUGCUAUGUGCUCCGCCGAUCUGGUCAUACACUAGCCCGACGCAGCUGUAUACUGUAAAGACUGCCGAUUAUACGUACAGAUAUAUAACGUAGUAUUUUUCGCACACAAGUGUUAUUUACGUUGCGCCGCGCUCUCUGCUGCUGUCGUGCUUGCCGGUGUUUGAUGCCACUCGUGCGUGAGACUUACAUAAAAUAGUCAAUUUGGCUUGUGAAGAAUGUUUCUUCUGGCCCCAAGUACAAACUGUGAUAGUCGUCGUGACGGUAAAAACAGCAUCAUGAGGUUUCCCGUUGUUGUUAGCCUUUUGAUAUUUGCUUAUUGCACAACGUUUGUUAGUGGAGGUGCAACACCCAUAACACAAGAUAAUAUUGAUAUGACUUUAGCCUCUAAUGAAUUAGUAUUUUUAAAUUUUUAUGCUGAAUGGUGCCGCUUCAGUAAUUUAUUACAACCAAUAUUUGACGAAGCUUCUGAAAAAGUGAAGCAAGAAUUCCCUCAAGCUGGUAAAGUAGUUAUGGGCAAAGUUGAUUGUGAUAAAGAAUCUGGAGUUGCAUCAAGAUUCCACAUCACAAAGUAUCCAACGCUGAAAGUUAUAAGAAAUGGGGUACCAUCAAAACGAGAAUAUAGAGGACAAAGGUCUGUUGAAGCGUUUGUUGAAUUUAUCAAAAAACAACUCCAAGACCCUAUUAAAGAAUUUCAUCAGUUAUCUGAACUUCAAAAUCUUGAUGAUAAAAAGAGAAUGAUCAUUGGGUAUUUUGACAGCAAAGAUGUGCAUGAAUAUGAUGUUUUCAGACGUGUUGCAACCAACUUGAAAGAUGAUUGCCAAUUUCAUGUUGGCUUUGGAAUGUGUUCCAAAGAAAAAUGUGAUAUUGGACAGCAUUUUACUGUGCUGGAUUCAAGUAAAGCAAUGCAUCCACCAGGUCAACCAAUCAUUGUAUUCAGAUCUGAUAAAGCUCUGUCUAACGAUGAUGAUGAAACAUACAAUGGAAAUAUAGCCAAUUAUGAUGAUCUGAACACUUGGGUUCAAGAAAGGUGUGUACCUCUUGUCAGAGAAAUUACAUUUGAAAAUGCAGAAGAAUUAACAGAAGAAGGAUUACCUUUCCUCAUUCUUUUCCACAAUCCCAAAGAUACGGAGAGUGUAAAGCAGUAUAAAAGUAUUGUCAAAUCUACACUUCUAGAUGAAAAACCUAAUGUGAAUUUUCUAACUGCUGAUGGCAUAAAGUUUGCUCAUCCUCUUCACCAUUUAGGAAAAAGCACAUCAGAUUUACCUUUGAUAGCUAUUGAUAGUUUUAGGCACAUGUACAUGUUCCCCAAAUUUGAGGACAUGUUUGUCCCAGGUAAAUUAAAAAGCUUUUUACAAGAUCUGUAUUCUGGAAAAUUGCACAGAGAAUUCCAUUAUGGACCUGAUGAGCCAAGUAACGAUAACAGCCUUCAUCAGCAUGGAGGGCCAACUUCCCCACCUGAAUCAACAUUUAAGAAAUUGGCUCCCAGUAAAAAUAGAUACACCUUAUUAAGGGAUGAGUUGUAAAUAUAUCUCUUUAAAAAACAAAUUGCCUUUGACUAACAGUUUAGUCAAAAACUGAAUUGUAAAUUUAUCAUCUAUUAUGGAGAUGAAAAUUUUUUACGUACUUUCGAUUAAAUCAAAGAAAAGUGAGCUAGUUGGUAGAAUAAUAAACUUUAAAGUACCAUCAUGCUAUAAGUACAAUCCAGAUGAACUUCCAACUAAUGGUGUGAUAGAAGUAAUGAUGCAAUGAAUUUGAAGAAUGUGUUUGUUGAAAAUUUAAUCUAAAACACUUUUUUAGCUUUGGUAUAUUCUAAGAAACUUAUUAUCUCUAAAGUAAUUUCAGCAUGCAUGAAGAAAUGAAUGAAUCUAAGGAGAGAUAAUUUUUUAUACAUAUUUUCCUAUAAGCGUGUGAUGGUAAUGGUCAAAUCUUAUAGUCCACUUCACUCAAAGUAUUUUGAUUUAUAAGUUAACGUUAAAUUCUGAUAUUUAAACUUUCAACAAUUCUAAUUCUGAUUUUAGAAAUUUUACAUACUUUGAAAAUUAUUUUCAAGAGCACGAGUGCGUUUUAUCUAAUAUGUCCAUUGAAAAAUUAAAGGAAAUUUGAAUUGACUGGUGUAUCAUUUAUACAUUUAACGAACUGUAUUAUUGAGUUAAAUUAUGUAAACUUUAUUAGAAUUAAUUUGUUAACGCACAGUUUUGAAGAUCUUUAAUCAUUCUUCGAUUCUGUUGCAUAGCUCACAAUUGUACAUUAGAUAAAAAGAGGCUAUGAAUUUUGUGUUUGUUUCUCGAAGAUUUGUUAGGCGUGUUUGUUUUUUAUAACAAGUUACUAAACAUCAUUCCUACACCACAAGUACCGAAUUUCUGAUUUUAACAAGUCUGGUUUUAAACACAAAUAAAUUUCAAAGAUUUAUAUAAGAUUUAAU